AUGUUGAUUCUAUCAUUAUUAAUCCGAUUGGCAUGCUCAUCGUACGGUUCAUCAGUCAAUGGUAUUAUCAAUGUUGAAGACGGUCCACCAACGAUACUUUCCAUCCGGACAUUACUCUCACUCGAUCUGAAAGUUGAUGAUGAUUGUUAUUCACGUAGAAGGUCUGUAUACUCGAUAGUACUUGAGAACUGUGGUGAACAAUUGCACUUUUAUUUGCACUGUUUGUGUGAUGAUUUUGACAUUCGAUAUUACAAUUAUUUCUGUUGGGACAAUCACCGCUUGUACUGUUCUUCGUGUCACUGUGCAAGGUGUUGGUACUAA